GAGAUUGCCGAAUAUCAUAACCUGCUGGACGAGGUCAAAAUCAACUCCCAGGUGUUGAGGGCUGAUGGGUUUGGAGGGGACCCCUUCUACCAAUGUCUCAUCGCGGAACUGGCCCCGGAGCAAGAAGACAAGCAAGGUCACCUAAUCGGUUACGCCUUAUUCUUCUUCGGCUACAGUGUGAACACUGGCCGCAUCGUCUACUUGGAGAAUCUAUAUGUGGUCUCUGAGUCCAGAGGCCGGGGGAUCGGGAAGAAGCUGAUGAGUGAAGUGGCCAAGGUGGCGCUGGCCCGCGGCUGCGUCGAGAUGAAGUUCACGGUGGCGGAGUGGAACGUCCGGGCCCUGGCAUGGUACCGGCAGCUCGGGGCCCAAGACAAGACGGAGGCGGGCGGCUGGCACUGCAUGGAGCUGGGUGGCGAGGCCCUGCACAGGCUGGCAGGGGACAGGCGGUGA